UUUCAACACAAAAGACAACGUGACCAAACCGAGUUGAUGUGGGCACGGCCCAUACACGAAGCUCUGAUGAGUCUUCUCUUCUCUGACGGCGUCUCUGCAUAAACCGGCGAUGAUGCUCAAGGAAGGAAGCUGAGAGAGAGUUACAAAAUGGAAGAUGAUGAGGAGCCACCGAUGGCUAUUCAAAUCCAACCGGAUGUUUCUGUCGGAAAGAAUCUCUCAUCAAGCGACGCUGUUUCAGUUGGUGUCAGCGUCAUCACUGGCUAUCUCGGCGCGGGAAAAUCCACCCUUGUGAAUUAUAUACUGAAUGGGAAACAUGGGAAGAGAAUCGCUGUGAUCUUGAAUGAGUUUGGGGAAGAGAUUGGUGUUGAGAGGGCUUUAUGAUUAACGAUAGAGAUGAAGGUGCCAUUGUUGAGGAAUGGGUUGAGCUCGCUAAUGGCUGUGUUUGCUGUACUGUUAAGCAUAGCCUUGUUCAAGCCCUCCAGCAGCUUGUUCAGAGAAAAGACAGACUUGAAUAUAUUGCUGGAGACUACAGGUUUAGCAAAUCCGGCUCCACUGGCUUCUAUACUUUGGUUGGUUGAACAGUCAGAAUCAGAAGUCAAGCUUGACUGCAUUGUUACUGUUGUGGAUGCAAAAAAUCUUCGUUUUCAGCUCAAUGAGCGCCGUGACUCAUCCUCGUUUCCUGAGGCUUUUAAUCAAAUAGCAUUUGCGGACACGAUAAUAAUGAACAAGGUGGACUUCAUUUCUCAAGAGGAAUCUGAUGAAUUGGAGAAGGAGAUUCAUUCCAUCAACUCGCUCGCCAAUGUCAUCCGAUCGGUUAGGUGCCAAGUUGAUUUGUCCAAUAUAUUAAACUGCCAGGCAUAUGAUUCAACUCAUGUUAGUCGUCUGGAAUCACUGCUGGAAGCAAAUAAAUCAUUAACGACGUCAGAUCUUCACGAUAGUGGAGUAAGGACUCUAUGCAUCAGCGAACCGCAACCUAUAAACCUCGAUAAGGUUCGUUUAUGGCUGGAGGAAAUUCUGUGGGAUAAGAAAUUGGAGAUGGAUAUAUACCGUUGCAAGGCUGUGUUGAGCAUUCAAAACUCAGAACAGCUGCAUAUAUUGCAG